UCUCUCUCUCUCUCUCUCUCUCUCUCUCUCUCCUCUCUCUGUGGGUAUAUUCGAUAGAGAGGAGAGGGAGGGGGAGAGAGAAAAGCAGAGCAGAACAGAACAGAACAGAGCAGUCAUAGAUUACAUACACAGGAACACGUACGCUUAUAUGUUUGCAUAAUACAUCUAUAUGUAUAUAUGCACGUAACAUAAGGGUGUAUAGGAGUCUCCCACUUCUCAUCUCCCCUUGCACCCAUUUGUGCCUCGAGAAACAAAUAUAGCUCAUUAAGAGAAGUUCUAGGGAGAGAGAGAGAGAGACAGAGAGAGAACCCAGAAGAAGGAGAAGAAGAAGAGUUGAGGUUUUUUGACUUGGUGACGAGAUGGGGUCUGAGGAGGCUGUUGUUGGGUUCGUGGGUUUGGAUGCUGUGAGCCUUGAAAUGGCUUCUUCCCUGCUCUGCUCUGGCUUUAAAGUUCAAGCCUUUGAGAUUGAUGGGCCUUUGAUGGAUGGUUUUCAAAAAAAUGGAGAUCGAUGCAGCAGUCCUACGGAAGCAGCGAAAGGGGCUGUAGCUUUGAUUGUGUUGAUAUCUCAUCCUGAUCAAAUUAAUGAUUUGUUCUUCGGACCUGAGGGUGCUUGUAAAGGACUGCAGGAAGAUGCUGUUGUUAUUCUGCACUCAACUGUCUUACCCUCUCACAUUGAGAAGCUCGAGAAGCGUCUUACAGAUGAAUGUAAAGUUGCGCGUGUGGUAGACGCUUAUGUGUUUAAGGGAGCAUCAGAUGGCGGAAAACUUUUGAUAACUUGCUCGGGAAAGUCAGAUGCAGUAUCCAGCGCACGGCCUAUUCUUUCUGCAAUUUCCGAUAAGCUAUUUAUUUUUUAUGAAGAAAUCGGGGCUGCCAGUAAAACCAAAUUAGUGAACGAGUUGCUUGAAGCGAUACAUCUGGUAGCUUCGGUGGAGGCCAUUUCCAUGGGUUGUAAAGCCAGCGUUCAUCCUUGGAUAAUAUACGACAUCAUCUCUAAUGCUGCUGGGAAUUCAUGGGUCUUCAAGAACCACGUUCCGCACUUGCUAAGAGGUCUGCACACAAAAAACAACUUUCUCGAUCCAGUUAUUCAGAAUUUGGGGGCAGUUCUAGAUGUUGCCAAAACACACAGUUUUCCUCUCCCGCUGUUAGCAGUUGCUCAUCAACAACUUGUUCUCGCGCACUCACAUCAAGAUGAGGUUGAUGGAGACUUGCCUGUCAUCAAGAUUUGGGAAAAAGUAUUUGGAGUAGACAUUACGAGUGCAGCCAAUAUGGAGCCAUAUCAUCCCGAACAACUGGCGGAGCAAAUAAUUGCAAAUUCUAGCACUGUUAAGCGCAUUGGUUUUAUCGGCCUUGGAGCCAUGGGAUUUGGGAUGGCAACUAACUUGCUGAAAAAAAAUUUCACUGUCAUCGGAUUUGAUGUAUAUAAGCCAACUCUUACUCGUUUCUCGGAGGCAGGUGGCUUAACUGGCCACACUCCUGCAGAAGCAUCUAAGGGUAUUGAUGUAAUGGUAAUCAUGGUCACAAACGAAACACAGGCAGAAAGUGUUCUGUUUGGAGAGUCUGGUGCAGUUUCGGCACUUCCUGCUGGUGCGUCUAUAAUUCUAUCAUCCACUGUCUCUCCAUCAUUCGUGUCUCAGCUUGAGCGGCGAUUGCAAGGCGAAGGCAAGGGUUUGAAAUUGGUGGAUGCUCCUGUGUCCGGGGGUGUAAAGAGGGCCGCAGAGGGAACACUCACGAUAAUGGCUUCUGGUACUGAUGAAGCACUUCACAGCACUGGUUCAGUUCUAUCAGCAAUGAGCGAGAAGCUUUACGUAAUCAAAGGAGGCUGUGGAGCUGGAAGUGGCGUGAAGAUGGUCAAUCAAUUGCUUGCGGGAGUUCAUAUUGCUUCAGCUGCUGAAGCAAUGGCAUUGGGAGCUCGGUUAGGUCUUAACACAAGAGUAUUGUUUGAUGUCAUAAAAAAUAGCGGGGGAGAUUCAUGGAUGUUUGAGAACCGGGUUCCACACAUGCUAGACAACGAUUAUACACCAUACUCGGCACUUGAUAUUUUUGUGAAGGAUCUUGGCAUUGUUGCUCGGGAAUGCUCGGCCCACAAAGUUCCUCUUCACAUGGCAACUGUUGCUUAUCAAUUAUUCGUCUCAGGAUCUGCUGCUGGGUGGGGCCGACAAGACGAUGCUGGCGUAGUCAAGGUUUACGAGAUGCUCACGGGUGUCCACGUCGAGGCAAAGCUUCCCGUGCUCAAGAAAGAAGACACCUUGAAGUCUCUUCCACUGGAGUGGCCUGUGGAUCCUACUGAGGAUAUACGUAAACUGAACCAGAAUAGUUCGAAGACUUUGGUUGUUUUGGACGAUGACCCAACUGGAACACAAACCGUUCACGACAUUGAAGUUUUGACAGAAUGGACGGUCGAGUCACUUGUGAACCAGUUCACGAAAAGGCCGACAUGCCUUUUCAUUUUGACCAACUCCAGGGCACUGAGUACCGAGAAGGCCAUCGCACUAACGGAGGAGAUCUGCAGAAACAUAGACUUAGCAGUGAAACUAGUGGAGAAGAUCGACUACACUGUGGUUCUCAGAGGCGACUCAACUUUAAGAGGGCAUUUUCCUGAGGAAGCUGAUGCUGCAGUUUCAGUAAUCGGUGAGGUGGAUGCGUGGAUCAUAUGCCCGUUUUUCCUCCAAGGUGGUCGCUACACUAUCAAUGAUAUUCAUUACGUUGCAGAUGGUGAUGGCCUCGUCCCUGCAGGGGAGACUGAGUUUGCUAAAGACGCAGCAUUCGGCUACAAAUCUUCAAAUCUCCGUGAGUGGGUAGAAGAGAAGACAAAAGGUCGAAUUCCUGCAAGCAGUGUAGUGUCAAUCUCGAUCGAACUGUUAAGGAAAGGAGGACCAGAUGCUGUUUGUGAUCGUCUUUGCAGUCUGAAGAAGGGUUCGACGUGUGUGGUUAAUGCUGCUAGUGAUCGAGACAUGGCAGUAUUUGCUGCAGGAAUGGUCAAAGCAGAGCUAAAAGGAAAGCAUUUCUUGUGCCGGACAGCUGCUAGCUUUGUUUCUGCUCGUGUUGGAAUCAUCCCGAUUCCUCCAAUUUUACCAAAAGAUUUAGGAAUAGAUAAAGAAAGGGCAGGUGGAUUAAUAGUUGUUGGUUCAUAUGUUCCGAAAACCACUAGACAGGUUAAAGAGCUCAAAGCACAGUGCGGACACUUCUUAAAGUGUAUUGAGGUUUCGGUUGACAAAAUCGCCAUGAAAUCGAAAGAAGAGAGGGAGGAGGAAAUUCAGAGAACGGUGGAAAUCGUGGACGCGUAUCUUAGCGCUCAGAAAGAUACAUUAGUAAUGACCAGCCGGCAACUCAUCACUGGAAAAGAUGCUUCUGAGAGCUUAGACAUCAACUUCCGGGUGAGCUCUGCACUGGUCGAGAUUGUUAGGAGGAUCAAAACAAAACCUCGUUACAUUCUCGCAAAGGGUGGAAUCACAUCAUCUGAUCUCGCCACAAAAGCCCUCGAGGCAAAGUGCGCCAAAAUCGCGGGACAAGCCCUAGCAGGUGUUCCGUUGUGGCAGUUAGGUCCCGAAAGCAGACAUCCCGGGGUUCCCUACAUUGUCUUUCCUGGUAAUGUCGGCAAUGAUACAGCAGUAGCCGAUGUGGUGAAGUCUUGGGCUCUUCCUCACAGACGUCCCUCAACGAAAGAGCUGCUUCUCAAUGCGGAAAAGGGUGGAUACGCUAUCGGAGCCUUCAAUGUCUAUAACUUGGAAGGAAUCGAGGCAGUGGUUGCUGCUGCUGAGGAAGAGCGGAGUCCCGCCAUGUUACAGAUUCAUCCCGCUGCAUUCAAGCAAGGAGGGGUUCCUUUAGUUGCUUGUUGCAUCUCUGCAGCAGAGCAAGCUAGUGUGCCGAUCACUGUUCACUUUGAUCAUGGAGCUUCGAAGCAAGAGCUAGUCGAGGCCAUUGAUUUGGGUUUUCACUCUGUGAUGGCUGAUGGUUCGCAUCUCUCAUUCGAGGAGAACAUUGCCUACACAAAAUUCAUAACCCAAUUGGCUCACUCGAAAGAUAUGUUGGUCGAAGCCGAGUUGGGCCGGUUAUCGGGAACAGAGGAUGACCUGACCGUGGAAGACUACGAGGCAAAGCUGACUGACCUUAAUCAGGCCGAAGAUUUUAUUGAUCGGACUGGUAUAGAUGCUUUGGCAGUAUGCAUCGGAAACGUCCAUGGGAAAUAUCCUCCUAGCGGACCGAAUCUGAGGCUCGACCUGCUUAAGGAUCUGCAUGCCCUAGCUUCCAAGAAGGGAGUGUUCCUCGUGCUCCACGGAGCUUCUGGCGUGCCCGAAGACCUUGUGAAGAGUUGUAUAGAGAGGGGCGUAAGGAAGUUCAACGUGAACACCGAGCUUCGGAAAGCGUACAUGGAGUGCCUUAGCGAACCAAAGAAGGAUCUCGUCCAAGUGAUGGCUUCUGCUAAAGAGAAGAUGAAAGCUGUUGUGGUUGAGAAGAUGAAGCUCUUUGGUUCUGCUGGAAAAGCUUGAUUUAUAUAAUUAUGAGCGUUAGUGUUCAAAUUAUUAUAUAUAUAUAUAUAUAUAUUUUUCCAUUUUCCUUAUGUGAUAUUAAUUCAAUGAUUUAGAUCCCACAGUGUUAAUAAGGGAAUUAAACAGUAAAUGGAUGAACUUUGAUGAAAGAUUUUCCCAAAUAACUAUCGGGAUGUGAUUUAUCAUUAA